AUUAUUCUAAAUUAAUUAUUUGGGGGUUUUGGACUGUUGUUCAGACAAAAAAGCUACGUCAAAACAUCACAUUCAGCUUUAGGAACUUGUAAUGGUUAUUUUUCAGUAUUUCUUUGACAUUUUAGUUAACAACUAAUCAGUUAAGUUAAAAAUGUUAAAACGGUUCGGUUUUAUCAGUAUGAGGCCCUAUUUAUUUGUCAAAGAGGUGAUUUGAAAUCUGCCCUACUGUAACUUUUACUGUGUGACUUUACGUUUAGUUUUGGUUAACAUUAGGGUAAGGGUUGGGGUUAGGCUUGUAAUUGUGAUGGUGUGAUCAUGUCAUUGAGUGACAAACAAGUACUAGUGUGUGCGCGUGUGUCUGUGCGCACGCACGGUGUUGGCGUAUCAUGGCAACAAGUUCAAACAAAAGUGAAUUGGAAAAGAUGGCGACGCAGAGGGAGAAAGACGCCGCUGAUUAUCUCGAGAAACACAAAAUUUUCGAGCUCAUGGAAAACCUGACCAGCAUGCUCUUCUUUUACAGACCUGAGAAUCCCAGAGAGUUUCUCGUUGAGCAGCUGGAACAGCUGAAGAUGUCUCAGCAGAAUGGUGUGAAAGGGCCGAAUCUGUUCAACAACUCCAACCUGGAUGCAGUCUUUGGGAUACUGGACCCCGCUAAUCAAAAAUACAUCACUUUUGCCCAAUACAAGCAGGCACUGACCACACUGGGCAUAAAAAACAUUAAUGAAUGUCCCGAAGGUGUAAAUGAAGACAAAAUAUCCCAUGAAACCUUCAAAACAGAAGCGAUUCAAGGCCUGCAGAGAUGCUCAGCAACAUAUGAACAACUGUGAACUUAUGUUUGAUUGGUUUUCUUCCACUCAGCUGAUGUGUUAUUUAAUACAUGAUAUAAUGUUGAUAUGCAUUUGGAAGUUUUCAUUGGGACUGGGUCUGUUGUAAAAUUAACACAU